AUGGGCAGUCUGCUAACCACUUACUCUCGUGAUGGCAUAAAAACGCGUUUGCGAGAGUUGGGCCUAGCGGGCUACCAUUGCUACACCAUCAAUUUGGGAGAAGACCCCAACAUCAUAAUAACCAGACCUGACAAAGGAAAAGGUGUUGUGAUAUUGGAGAGAAAUGAAUAUGUUACUAAAGUAAAUAUAUUGCUAUCAGACCUUACAAAAUUUAAAAAGUUAGGAAAUGAGCCCUUUUCUAAAAUCAUUCAAUUAGAGGACAAACUGAAUAGAAUGCUAAAAUGUUUGAAAGAUAGUGACACCAUUUCCUCUGAUACAUAUAAUCAACUCAGAGCAUCUGGCUCUUUACCUGGAAUGUUAUAUGGACUACCAAAAAUUUAUAAACCCGAUGUGCCGAUCAGACCUAUCUUGUCAGUUUUAAAAACAUUUAACUAUAAUCUAGCUAAAUUCUUAGUGCCAAUUCUCAAGCCUAUAACUACCAAUGAAUACACUGUUCAUAAUUCUUUUGAUUUUGCAAAGCAGAUGUCUACAAUUAGUCUUGAAAACAAUAAAUUGUUAAAAUUAUCUGUAGAAGAUUCAAUUUUCAUGUUCAACAAUCAAUUGUACUCCCAAAUUGAUGGUGUAGCAAUGGAUAGCCCGCUAGGCCCAACUCUCGCAAACGCGUUUUUAUGCCAUCACGAGAAUUAUGUCAACUCAAAACAUGUCAACAUACAGUUUACCUCUGAAGUCGAAGUAAACAACUCAUUGUCUUUUUUGGAUAUCAGGCUUGAACGUGACGAUAAAACCUUUAAAACCUCCGUGUACAGAAAACCUACCUUCACUUAG